GAGAACGCGUGCCCGCGGUUCUGCUUACCUAUGGACUGGGUUUACAACGGGGAUAACCCCACGUUACAACCGCCGGCGAGAGGCCACGCGAAACAGAGACGACAGAACUUAAACAGACACUUUUCGAGUCGCAGACUCUCCGCACGAAUCCCAACGAGAAACGCUUUUUGUAAUUCACGGUUUCGAGUUUUUUUUUUUCAUCUUCUUUUCCUUCUCUACUUUUUUUUUUAUUCUCCUUAAUCAGUUUGUUGAGGCCCCCCCUCCCCCUCAGUUCUUUAACGUAUAGGACAAGACUGAUAAAAAAAAAGGAUUAUUGAUCAUCGACAGGUGCUACUUGAGGAUUUUUUCAGUGUUAUUGAGAUUUCGCAAAAAAGGAAACAAAAAAAAAUUUGUUUUGAAAAUAUUUAAAUAGACGUACUAGAAAUUAAAAAAAAAACCAGUGCUCAUUGGUCCAGGAGGGAAGUUUUUUUUUAAAAAAAAAGUUGUAAAGUUGUUAAAGUGAAAUUCGUGUGUUUCGUGAUAUAAAGUGAUUAAAUUAUUCGGCGAAAAAUUGUGAAUUUCUCACAAUGAGGAGAGCGGUUCUAACCGCUUGUUUGCUGAGUUUUGCUCUCGCCGGAAGUCCCAGGUUACCUAGGACUUCUGCCGAUCAGCGCAGCAUCCGAAAUGCACAUGUCAAUAAUAAUAUUACUGGGAAUAUUUUACCGCCACCUUCUCGUGGAUCCCCUCGAAGCAGGGAGCAAUAUCUCUUUAAUGUCUUCGAGGUCAUUGUUUCAACUUUGGAGUCGAAACUCCAGAGGAUCGAGAAUUUGGACAAGGCAGUUGAACACUUGAUGAGGAGGGUGGAGGCUCUUGAUUCUAGGGUUAAUGACAAUAUCGAUAAAACCGAUGCAGUGAUAACGAAAUUAAGGACCCUGGAUCUUAAACUAUUUCACACUCAACCACUUCCUAUUCCGGAAGUGGUUGCAGCCUCCACGAGGAAUGUCGAAAGCAGAAGUGGCACCGAUGACUCCGAGGUUCCACUAAUAAGAUUGAUACACAAUGACGAGGGCUCGCCAGACACAUUGGGUGAAAAAUUAGUUUCACUCGAUCAAAAGGUUUCCGACAUUGACAAUAAAUUAGUGAUAUUGAAAAAUCAUUUGGACAAUAAUUUCCUGCCAACUGACGACAUUAACGCGGAGGCCAGUGAAAAGAAGCCAAUUAGCAUGAAUGUUAUUGAAAUAAUGAAGGCAAUGAGCAACGAGGUCAUGAAUCAUGUAACAAUCGAAAUUGAAAAUCUACGGCAAACAACUGGCAACAUGGAUCGGAAGUUGCAAUUUCAAAUGAAUCUUGUCUCGGAGAACCUUGGUGCAGUUUACAUUAUGAUGAAAGAUGUUCACGAGGCAAUUGUCGAUAAGAAUACAACGCCAUCAACGAUUAAUAUAACCACAACACAGGCGCCGCCCAAGCAAAGUAAAAUUGAUAAACUCGUAGAACAAAUGCAUCCAAUGUUGACGGUUUCGGAAAAAAUGGACGAGGUCUGGAAUGUUGUGGUGGGCACAAAGAGUUCAGUGGAUCAUCUGGUGCCAAAGUCAGACGAGCUGCUGACGCAGACUCAACGUCAGGAGAGAGCAAUCAGUGAAAUUCACGCUGAUCUGAGAUCGAAAACAAAUAAGAUUAUCCAAAAUCUCGAGGGCGUUGAAAGUAGACUCAAGAAGCAAGAAGAUGACGUUGCAACUUUGGCCCAACGACCGAUUCCUGCUGAAUUACUACUCGAUCCCACGAUCGAUCGACUUGUUGAAUACGAUCCAAGCAGAUACGUGGGAUUGAAUGAAGAGUUUUCAACGGAAGCGCCAACAACUUCAACGACGGUAACAACAUCGACACCUUCAAUGCCAACAGCUUCGUCCACUUCUUCGGUGGCUUCACCCACGAAUACUCCAGCGUCAACAACUCCAAUGACUUCAACCUCAUCGAGUUCCCAAAGAUCGACAACGAGAAAUCGAGGCGUUAUUUUCCCGAGUGUCAAAAAUAAACCGAUUCCAGUUAAUUCUACAUUUACCACAGACGUUGUUGUGAAUAUCAAGGAUGUUAGGGGCUAUUCGUGCAUUGACCUUCUUAAUGCAGGAAUGAAAGACAGUGGCGUUUAUUAUCUUCAGAUUCGAGGCACCACCUACUGGUUCCUCAAGGUCUUUUGCGAACAGGAAAUUGCCGACGGUGGUUGGACGAUCAUUCAAAGGAGAGACGAUUACGGUGAGCCGAGAGAAAAUUUCAACAGAGACUGGGCUGACUAUAAAAAUGGUUUUGGCGAUCCUGCCCGGGAAUUUUGGUUGGGAAAUGAAAACAUUUACAUGUUGACAAAUAAUGAAGACUAUAUGCUUCGUGUCGAGCUAGAAGAUUUUGAGGGUAACAAGAGGUAUGCUCAAUAUUCGCAUUUCAAGAUUUAUUCGGAGGGAGAGUAUUAUAAAUUGGAGAUCGAUGGAUAUGAGGGAAAUGCAGGUGACUCUCUAAAUGAUCCUUGGUAUGGAUCUAAUAACAGUCCAUUCUCUACUUAUAAUAGGGAUAAUGAUAGAUCAUCGUUGAAUUGUGCCUCGAUGCUGAAGGGUGGUUGGUGGUGGAAAUCUUGUGGACGUGGACUGAAUGGACUUUAUUUAAAUGAUCCUCAAGACCUCACAGCUCGACAAGGAAUUGUAUGGUUUCGCUGGAGAGGGUGGGAUUAUACGUUAAAGAAGGCCAUGAUGAUGAUUAAACCGAAAGGUGGUCCAGUGGCUGCGGCGUAAAAACAAAUAGAGGACAUUGCGCCCUUGUUAGAUUAACAUUCGUAUAUGUAAGUAUGUAAUGGAUGUCGCCUGCGGCCCUUCAAAAAAAAAAGAUAUUUUUUUUCACAAACAAGAGAAAGGAAUUACAAGGUUACACGCCAUUGAGUUCGCUAACUCUAAAUGGUUUAAAGAAAUUGCUGGGUAAUUUGUAAAAGAAGCAGAAUUUCUACUUUGUCAUUCGAUUCUAUUUUUGUUUAAUCAUUCUCCCACCAUCCUCCUUCUGUAUGUCUAUCGUUUUUAAGUGAAUGCGUCAUUUUUUGUAAAAGUGCCUAGAUUUAAUAAGUAUAGACCUACAUUUUUCUAGGCGACGACGAAUUGUAAUUAUUUAUGCAGAUCCCCCUCCCCCUAAAAAAAGAAACAGUCAUCGCAAUUUAAUCUGCAUCCCGCCAUCUCACAGUAUUUUAAUACCGUAAGGCAUGACUUUUUUUAAGAGUGAAUUUGUUUUUGUGGUACAAGAAAACAAUUUUUCAGAUACGUCGAACAAAAAAUUUUAAUUCAAAAUUCUUUCAAUUAUUCAAAAUAGCGAUUGUGCAAUAUUUUCUAAGAAUUUAGUUAUUAAGUUUUAUUAUCAUCACAUAUUUCUAAUAACCUUUUCCAUUAAAUUUUAUAUUUGCCAAAAAGAAUUUUUUUUUCCAUGAAGAAUUAUUUAUAUUUAAUU